AACGGUUUAUUCCUUCCAUUAAUAAAUUCCAAGUAAAAAAACAUACAUGUGCGCAGUGGGGAUAAUAAUAUUAUUUAAUUGUUGCAAAGAGUUGAAACUUGAAAUUAAUAAAAAUACCGUUUCAGCAGAUUGGAAAGCUGGGACAACAACACGCACGCAAUUUCUUCUAUAUAUCUUACAUACAAAUAAUUAUAUUAGACAAGAGAAAGAGAAAGAGAAGAGAGGAGGAGAAUAUACAUACAUACAUACAUAUACAUAAGAGUAUCGGAAGAAGAAGAAGAAGAAGAUUGUAGUAGUGAAGAAGAUAAGAUAUAAUUUGAUCAUAUUUAAUAAUAUGGUAUUGGUAGAGGCAAGAGUGGUAAAAGGAGGAUCAUCAGAAGAAGAGAGAAGAACAAGUAGUUCUUCAUCUUCUUCAACAAAUGGGGGGCGAUUGGGGAACAAGUACGAGUUGGGAAGAACAUUAGGAGAAGGCAACUUUGGCAAAGUCAAGUACGCCAGAAACAUGGAUUCUGAAGGUCAACCCUUUGCCAUCAAAAUUCUCGACAAGAACACCAUUCUCCACCUCAACAUCACCCAUCAGAUAAAGAGGGAGAUUGGUACCCUAAAACUCCUCAAACAUCCCAAUGUCGUCAGAUUAUAUGAGGUCCUAGCUAGCAAGACGAAGAUAUACAUGGUUCUCGAGUACGUCAAUGGUGGUGAACUGUUCGACAGAAUUGCAUCCAAAGGAAAAUACUCGGAAGGUGUAGGUAGGAAGCUCUUUCAGCAAUUAAUUGAUGGUGUUAGUUACUGCCACAACAAAGGCGUUUUUCACAGAGAUCUCAAGCUGGAGAAUGUGUUGCUGGAUUCGAGUGGAAUCAUUAAGAUUACGGAUUUCGGUCUCAGUGCAUUGCCUCAACAUUUUAGGGAUGAUGGAUUGCUGCACACAACAUGUGGAAGUCCAAAUUAUGUAGCCCCUGAGAUUCUUUCAAACAGAGGGUACGACGGUGCAGCCUCAGAUACAUGGUCUUGUGGUGUUAUCUUGUACGUAAUUCUUACUGGACACCUUCCCUUCGAUGACCGAAAUCUGGCUGCACUCUAUCAGAAGAUUUUCAAGGGAGACGCUCAAAUACCAAAAUGGCUAUCUCCAGGGGCCAAAAACCUAUUAAAGAGGAUUCUAGAUCCCAACCCUCGUACACGUAUAACCAUACAAGAGAUAAAAGAAAACGAGUGGUUCAAGCUAGACUACAUUCCUUUAAUUAAUCCCAUGGAAGAAGGAGAAGAAGAAGAACAACUACAACAACAACAAGAUGCUUGUACUGGUGAUGAUGAUCAAGUGUCAUCAUCUGUACACGAGACAGCUCAAUCAGAUGCCGCAGAAAAAGACUCAAAGUACUCAUCCAGUACCAUGAUUAAUGCCUUCCAGCUGAUCGGAAUGUCUUCGUCUCUGGAUCUUUCUGGCUUCUUUGAGAAAGAGGAUGUUUCUGAGAGGAAAAUCAGAUUUACCUCAACUCAUUCUCCAAAAGAAUUGCUAGAGAGGAUUGAAAAUACAGUUAUACAAAUGGGAUUUCAUGUCCAGAAGAAAAACGGAAAGUUGAAAGUGAUGCAAGCGGCGGGCAAAUGUCAGAAAUCCCCUGGAUGCCUCUUGGUUGCUGCAGAAGUUUUUGAGAUAAGUCCAUCCCUAUACGUAGUUGAGUUGCGAAAAGCAUAUGGUGAUCCUAUAGUGUACAGAGAGUUGUGCAAUAAACUAUCCGAUGAAUUAGGUGUAUCACGAAGCCAAGCGCAGCUCCAAAUUGAUCUAAUAUAAUGAACCACCCUUGGCUUCUUUAAUUUGAAGUGCAAAGAUUUUCUUCAUCUCCAUUUUUUAUGCCAUUAAUUACUCCUGUUAUAAUUAGCCUCCAACAGUCUCUUCUGGUAUCAAUGAAUUCAUUCUUUCAAA